CCAUUCAAGAUUUCCUCUCUUCUGCUUUCUCCCUUCCAUCUCUGUCACUUGUCCUUUGUUCUUUUCAUUUAGUCAACAAAACUACAUUGAGUGCCUAUAGAUUCAACAGGCCCUGUUCCUGCUGGCUCUCUGUCUCUGGAACUCUCCACCCUCUGCUGGUCCAGUUCUCCAUGGUCUAGAGUCUUGUCCUUGGUCUCUUAUCAUUGCACCAUCUCUCCUUCCCGCUUCUGGGAACCAGAGCCCUCAUCAUCUGUCUCCUACAGAUCGCUUCUCCGAGCCCUGCUCAAAUUCUCCUUCCCCCUCCUUUCUCCUCCCAAACUUUGGCCGGCCGCCGGGCGACACCACGAGUUAUUUCCCUGCUAUUUCCCGGCCGGGAGUUCUUGGCCCUUGAACAGCUGGUUUCCUCUUGGAGUCUGGGAGGAGCAGAGCAGAACCGACAGGGAGCGGACCAGGACCAGGGGAACGACGAGGACAAGGGGACGACGAGAGGACACAGGCGCUCGGGCUCCCGGUGCGGGCACCAUGAGGCCUCUCCUCGCCCUGUUGCUCCUGAGGCUGGCGUCCGGCUCGCCCCCACUGGAAGAUAACAAGAUCCCCAGCUUGUGCCCGGGUCACCCGGGCCUUCCAGGCACGCCGGGUCACCAUGGCAGCCAGGGCCUGCCUGGCCGCGACGGCCGAGAUGGCCGCGACGGCGUGCCCGGGACUCCGGGCGAGAAAGGCGAGGGCGGGAGGCCGGGACUGCCGGGGCCGCGUGGGGAGCCCGGGCCGCGAGGAGAGGCGGGACCCAUGGGGGCAACCGGGCCUGCAGGCGAGUGCUCGGUGCCUCCGCGCUCCGCCUUUAGCGCUAAGCGCUCUGAGAGCAGGGUGCCUCCGCCGGCCGAUGCGCCCCUACCCUUCGACCGCGUGCUGGUGAAUGAGCAGGGACAUUACGACGCUACUACCGGCAAAUUCACUUGCCAAGUGCCUGGGGUCUACUACUUCGCGGUCCACGCCACCGUCUACCGGGCCAGCCUGCAGUUCGAUCUGGUCAAGAACGGCGAGUCCAUCGCUUCUUUCUUCCAGUUUUUCGGAGGGUGGCCCAAGCCAGCCUCGCUCUCUGGGGGUGCCAUGGUGAGGCUGGAGCCAGAGGACCAGGUGUGGGUGCAGGUGGGCGUGGGUGAUUACAUUGGCAUCUAUGCCAGCAUCAAGACAGACAGCACCUUCUCUGGAUUUCUUGUCUACUCCGACUGGCACAGCUCUCCAGUCUUUGCUUAGUGUCCACUGGAAAGUGAGCUCCCGCUCUCUUGCUUCUAUAAGAGAAGGGUGUGACACUGAUAGCCGCACAUUCGGGAGGGCUGGCCCCCCCGGAAUAUUGUGAAUACGAGGGAAGUGCAGUAGGGGCCUCUCCGUCCUGUUGCUGUUGAGGAACAGAGACUCAGGCUGUCUGAGGUCUGGGGCCCCAGCACGGGGCAGUGGCUGGAUUUCUGCCCAACACUAAAGGAGUGUACUGCACUAGCAAGUGUGGGUCCCCUGGUUGCUCUGGCCCAGGACACCAAGGUGGGGUGCUUUUUUCCUGGUCCUCUGCUUCUCUGGAUCCUCCUCCAUCCCUCCUGCUUCAGGGACCAACCCUUUUCUCAGAGAUCACCCAAUAAACCUAAGAAACCCUC